CGAAGACAUAUUAAUUUCUUGUUUCCACCUCGUGUUUCCGGUUCUUCUGUAAUUUUCGAGGAAAGGGAAAGAAGUAACAAUGGCGGACGCUGCUCCAGCCGCACGCGGUGGCUUUCGUGGAGGUUUUGGUUCUCGUGGAGCAGGAGGUGAUCGCGGAGGCCUGAGAGGUCGAGGUGGUAGAGGUAGAGGCAGAGGACGCGGCCGUGGACGCGGCAAGGAGGAUAGCAAAGAAUGGGUCCCUGUUACCAAGCUAGGUCGUCUAGUCAGAGAUGGCAAGAUUCAGUCUCUCGAGCACAUCUAUUUGUUCUCCUUACCCAUCAAGGAAUACGAAAUCAUCGAUAAAUUUCUUGGACCAGAUCUAAAGGACGAGGUUCUAAAAAUCAUGCCAGUACAAAAGCAGACACGUGCUGGUCAACGUACACGUUUCAAGGCUUUCGUUGCCAUUGGAGACAGCAAUGGACAUAUUGGACUGGGAGUAAAAUGCUCUAAGGAAGUAGCCACUGCGAUUCGUGGUGCUAUUAUUUUGGCUAAGUUGUCCGUUGUACCAGUUCGACGUGGUUACUGGGGCAACAAAAUCGGCAAGCCGCACACAGUGCCAUGUAAGGUAACUGGCAAGUGCGGUUCCGUACAGGUGCGUCUAAUACCUGCACCCAGAGGUACCGGCAUCGUAUCUGCCCCAGUUCCUAAGAAGCUUCUUCAGAUGGCUGGUAUCGAGGACUGCUAUACUUCAGCUAGAGGAUCAACCUGUACACUCGGUAACUUUGCCAAGGCCACUUACGCUGCGAUUGCCAAGACUUACGCAUAUCUGACGCCUGACUUGUGGAAGGAACAAGCUCUGGCUAAGGCACCGUAUCAAGAAUUCGCUGACUAUCUGUCCAAAACUCACAAAGGAGGCGCGAGAGCGGCCGAAGUUGUCUAAAUAAAGCCUCUGUGAAAGCGCUUUGAAA